AGUCUAGUUUUUGAUCGCCACAUAGUGAAUAAUGAAAAAGUAGCUGGUGAAAAAAACGUCAUAAUAACAAUGAAAUAACAAUGAAAUUAUCAAUUUUGCUACUGUUACUGACUUUUUUAGCUACCUCAUUAUACGCGAGAUACGUGCAUGAAACGUCGACUAAUAAAAAUCCCAAUUUCAAACACCAAAAUCGGAUCAAUGGUACUACAACAAUCAACGGUACUGCAAAAAUCAAUGGUUCUACAAAAAUCAAAGGUACUACAAAAAUCAACAUUACCAUGUCGACCGCUCCCGUAGGACGAAAUGCCAAACAGUUUCCUGAGUGUACUAGAACGAAAAUGUGCGGAAGAUCAAACAGUACAACCACAAACACCAAUAAGUUUCAUACGAGUAAUACAGCUCAGAAGUAUACCAAGCCAAACGGUACUGAUACUAUAACCAAGAAAUUUGUGACUAUGGAUAUCCAAACAACAACUGAAUCAGAUAUGCUUCAGUCAAGAUUUUUUAUAAAUCCUCCAAACAAGAAAUCUGCUUGUAUGGAUGGACUAACCCUAUCCGCUAACGGAGACUGCGUUUUUAAGUUUUCGGAUGAUUGAAAUGGUAUUACCUACCUGUAUUAAUCAAUUAAUAAAUUAGCUUGAUUAAAUAACUUAUAUGUUUACAGUAUUAUCACAUAAAUAUUAAAUAUAUAUUUUUUUUAAAUUUAAAUUAUAACAUUAAAAUAUUAUUGAAGCCAAAAUAAUAUGCUUAAAUGUUAUAUGUGGUUAUUUUUCCUAAUUUUUUAAAUAAAUAUUAUUACAAUAAAGUAACAAAAAUGCUGUAGCGAAAAAUAUUAAAUACCAACACCAGUACAGUAACUGUUAUAUAAUAUUAAUUUUUGUUCAGAAUAUGAUUAUUAGGUAGGUAUUGGUAAAAAUUGUAUUUAACAAUUACAUUUUGUUUUUACAAAGGUA